UUUUAUGACGAUAUACAGGAAACGCAGCAGACAGACCAGAGGCCAACGGAACUUUCAGUUUAGUUUCAUUCAGACUUCAUUCACGUGUGGAUUGCUAACAUGUUCACGGCUGGGAUUUUUUUGUCUGGAAAUGUAAUCCCAACAGUAACACGACACGGAGCAGAUUAGAAUACCUAGAAAUUGUUAUAGGCUACCAAUUUAACAGCGUAUUCCUCGAGGCACAGGAUCCAUAUUCUUUUUCACCCAGUUCAAAAUGAGGACCUUCCUGGGAGUGUUACUAGUGGUAACGUUAAUUGUCUCAGGUGAUGGAGAGACUAUGCUAGAAGACAGUGUCCUUCUGCCAUGCGCCUGCUCAGAGAGAAAUUUGCACGAGGAGUUUAGGUGGCAGAUGGAAGAACCAAACGCGACACUGGUCUUCAAAUACAACACCACUUCAAACUUCGACCCCAAAUACAAGGACAGGGCCAAAAUAUUUCUGUCUGAGAACCGCAAUAACUGCUCUGUUCUCUUCACCAACGUCACAGCGAAUGACCAGGGGAAAUAUGGAUGCCGUUUUCGCAAGCAAGAGGAAUACCAGUAUUUUUUUGUAUAUCUAAACGUUUCUGCGUGCUACACUGUCUGUCAGGCAGCCAACAACCUAAAUGUUUUCCAGUGUUAUGUAAAAAAACGCUACAGAGAGACUGAGAUUCAGUGGAGUUUGGAUGGACAGCUUCUUACAGAAUCAAAUACAACUAACUUAAACCACACAUGCACCAUGGAUGCUUCUACUGGCCUCUACCAUUUCAACAGCACACUCAGCCCUGAACUCAAGUGGAGUGUAGAACCUACAUGUCGUGUCAAGGACAACGGCAUAUCACCUAACAUUACACCUGACUGCAGGCCAAUUGCUGAUCCUCGUAAGGCAGAUCCAGACAACGCCCGAUAUCGGUACUUAACAAUUAUUCCCAUUGUGUUGUUGUUUGGACUUUCCCUGCUCUUGUGGCGCCGUUGGGACUCACAGAGUUCAUAAAGGAUAUAAGAAGUGGGGGCUGACAACUUCUACUGCUAAACACACAAGGAACUCUAAUGUGAGUCAAUUUCCACCGAACUGAUUCGUCAUGGAUGUGGCAUCAUGCCCACGCAGAGACAGGUUACAUCAUGUGUUCAUGCCGCUCAAGGAAUGGGGUGUUUCUGAAAAAGAUGUCCAUCUUGUGAGCUUUAUGGAUGUUUGCAGGCAGGUGUUUAUAUUCUUUCCUUCAAAUUCAAGGAUUGUAAAAAGAAAUUUUCCCUUUAUGAUAUGAAGAUGAAGUGAUACAUUUCAAUUAGGAUGGAACGGUUCAAGUAAAAGACAUUAUACCAGUGUGUCCGUUGACAGUGCAAGUAGGAGAGAGUUUACCAGGACAAUCCAAUCUGCAACUAAAGCAUUACAUAUUAUAGAGAAAGAUGGAUGCAGGAUUUCAGCAUAUGAUUAAAGUAAUGUUAUUUGAGCCGCUAUAUUCACAAACAUUUCAGCAACAUCCCAAACUUGCAAAGGAAAAUAAAAAUAGAAUGAACAGAGCAGUGCUGUUUUGAAAACAGUGUACAGUGUGUGUUUGGGUUAUGCUGCACUUAGUCUAUGUCCUUGACGUUCCACAUCUGGGUUUGCUCCGUUGCCGCCCGAAAAUCCACCAGAUUUCUCUCAUUUAGGCAGCAUAUCCAUUUCCUUGGGCUUCCUUUGUGUUGGCAUUUUAAACUCUGGUCGAUUUAUGAGGACUAUGGUUAACCUUUUCUCAGAUCUCUGCAGGGUAAAUCC